AUGCGCCUACCAAAAACCAUUAGCUUGCAGGUCGGCCGCAAGCUGGCUGACAAAACCAAAGAUGAGAUCUUGACCGAAGUUCUUCGGGUUUUUGCCGGCCUUGACGUCAAGGCUGUCCAGAUUGCGUACGAGGUCGUUCGUGUCACCUUCGCUUCUCCGGAGCACUUUCGGGCGGCUAAAUCGUUUUCCGGAAAGCAUCUUUUCGGUUUGUGGUGCUCUAUCUUGGGGGGCGGUCCCCCCGUUACGCGUGUGCACGUUUUCGAUUUUCCGUUCGAGGAAGAUGAUAGAUCUUUGGGGGUUGCUUUUGAGGCCUAUGGUGCAGUCAAGUCUGUUAAGAAGCAGACUUUUCUUUCCAACCAAAACAUCUUUAAUGGUACCAGGCUUGUUGAUGUUGUUUUAUCCGGGGUACUACCCCGCUUUCUGAUGGUGGAUGGCUAUCUGUGUCGCUUGUGGUAUCGUGGCCAACCCCUUGUUUGCAAUCUUUCUGCCGUUCAGGGCCACAGAUCGGCAAACUGCCCCAACAAGGAUAAGUGCAGAAAG